AGGCGCUUGGAGACGCGCAGGUACGUCUCGAGGGACAAUUAGACUGAGGCGAAUCCGAAGUUUCUGUGGAGAUGCGUUCUGUUGUGCGUGAAGCAAAGCUUUGCGCUUCCCAGUCGACGGUGCCAAACUAGACAGACGGAUGGAUUUCAUGCUUUACGAGAUAGAUGGAUAAACAGAGAAGAUGGAUGCUGACGUCUGUGUAGGCUGACAGGAGAAACCGAGAUGCCACCUGUAAAACGCAGAGGAACUGUUGGUGUCUUAUCGUGUCUUUUUGUUUUUCCUGAAGGGUAACAACAUGUUGCAAGCAAGUGAUAACAAGAUACAUGUGGCCAAUAACCUCAUGGAUAUGGACCAGGACCCACGUAAGCGGCUUUACUUCUCUGAUGGGCGAAGGAAAGUGGACUAUGUGCUUUUCUAUCACUCCCGAAAACGUUCCUCUGUCCGGGGGUCCCCUAGUCAACAUAGACUGUCCAUCAUUUCCAACGGGAGUUAUCCUUUAGGAGUGGAUGAAAAAGACCCAGAGGGAGGAAAGGGGGAACCUGCAGGAGUGGUUUUGGACAUCGGACCCACAGACCCAGGUGAUGGGGAGAAAAUCAUGAUCCGAGAGGAGUUUGAGGGCAAUUUAAAAGAUGCUGGGCUGGAAAUUGAACAUGAUAAAGAGACCAAUUUCCACGGGGAUGCCUUCAUUCGUCUUCAUGCGCCUUGGCAGGUGUUGAGCAGAGAGGCGGAGUUUCUCAAGAUCAAGGUGCCCACCAAAAAGAGUUAUGAGUUGAGGGAAGACACAGGUCUGGUCGCCACCAUGAACGAAGUGUGGCGAAAGAUAAAUCAACCGUUCCAGCCUAAGGUGCCCCAUCAGGAGCAGGAGCACAGUCGCACAAAGUUCCUUUCUCACUGUUUCUCCCGGGACAAACUCCAUCUGUACAACAUCAAGUCCAAAGACACAUUUUUCGACAACGCCACAAGGAGCCGAAUUGUGUAUGAAAUCCUCAGACGUACUGCCUGCACACGGACCUGCCAAACCAUGGGUAUCACCACGCUGAUAGCUAAUGGCGUUUAUGAUUCGGCGUUCCCACUGCAUGAUGGAGACUUUCGUCCCACUGGUCAGAAUGAAGUAAAGAAUGACAGACAGCUGUUACAUGAUGAAUGGGCCAGAUACGGUGCUUUUUACAAAUAUCAGCCUGUUGAUCUCAUCAGGAGGUACUUUGGGGAGAAGAUAGGUCUCUACUUUGCCUGGCUCGGUCUCUAUACUCAGUUGCUGAUCCCUGCAUCUGUGGUAGGCAUCAUCGUGUUCUUUUACGGCUGGGCCACUGUGGAAACAAAUGUACCCAGCCAGGAGAUGUGCGAUGAAAAUCAGAACUUCACCAUGUGUCCCCUUUGUGAUCGCGCAUGUGACUUCUGGCAUCUGAGCACCGCGUGUGGCACAGCGCGUGCCAGCCAUCUCUUUGACAACCCGGCCACUGUGUUCUUUGCAAUCUUCAUGUCCCUUUGGGCGGCAAUGUUUCUCGAACACUGGAAGCGUAUACAGAUCAGUCUGAACUAUAGCUGGGAUCUGACAGGCAUGGAGGAAGAAGAGGAACAUCCCAGACCCAAAUAUGAGACGUUACUCCUUCAGAAGAGACAAAGAAAGAUGAAAAAUACGAAGAAUAAAAAUGAGCCUGAGAAAGGUGUGGAGGAGACCAAGGAACUUGGGAAGGACAAAUGGAGACAAAGGUUACUGUCAGCUAUGGCUGCUGGGAAUCCGCCUGGAAACGAGAAGCUAACGUGGAGAGAUCGACUGCCUGGGUAUUUAAUCAACAUUUCAUCUAUUCUCUUCAUGUUUGGAGUGACCUGUUCUGCAGUGUUUAGCGUGAUAAUUUACCGCAUCACCAUCUCCGCACUCAUGGCGAUGAGCCCGGACCCAGAGGUCAAGUCCAACGUGCGGGUGACCGUCACUGCCACCGCCGUCAUCAUAAAUCUGGUGGUCAUUCUCAUCCUUGAUGAGAUCUAUGGAAUGGUUGCUGCCUGGCUCACGGAACUGGAGAUUCCGAAAACUGAGACCAACUUUGAGGAACGUCUGAUUCUGAAGGCUUUUCUUCUAAAGUUCAUGAAUGCGUAUGCACCCAUCUUCUACGUGGCCUUCUUCAAAGGGAGGUUUGCAGGUCGACCUGGUGACUAUGUUUAUGUCUUCAAUGACUACCGGAUGGAGGAGUGUGCACCUGGAGGGUGUCUCAUCGAACUUUGCAUUCAGCUAAGCAUCAUCAUGUUGGGAAAGCAGCUUAUUCAGAAUAACAUCUUUGAAAUUGGCAUUCCAAAACUGAAGAAGCUUUGUCGCACACUGAAGGACAAGGAACGGGGCCCCAAGGAGGUCGUGGAGCAGCCGAGUCGCCGUCAACAGUGGCACCUGGACUACGACCUGGAGCCAUUUGAAGGUCUCACACCCGAAUACAUGGAGAUGAUCAUUCAGUUUGGUUUCGUGUCGCUCUUCGUGGCUUCCUUUCCACUGGCACCACUUUUUGCUCUCUUAAACAACGUUAUCGAGAUCCGUCUCGAUGCCAAGAAGUUUGUCACGGAACUUCGCAGACCGGAUUCAAUCAGAGCCAAAGAUAUCGGUAUCUGGUACAACAUCUUGAGUGGUUUGGGAAAGUUCUCGGUCAUCAUCAAUGCCUUUGUCAUCGCCUUCACGUCAGAUUUUAUUCCCCGACUGGUCUACCAGUACAUGUACAGCGAGACGGGCACCAUGCAUGGCUUUAUCAAUCACACCCUCUCUUACUUUAAUGUUAGCAACUUUAAAGCUGGAACUGUACCUUCUGUCUCCGGUCUCAACAAAGACAUCACAUUGUGCAGGUACAAAGAUUACAGAGAACCACCCUGGUCAUCUGAGCCGUAUCAGUUCUCCAAACAGUACUGGUCCGUUCUAGCGGCUCGGUUGUGCUUUGUCAUAUUGUUCCAGAAUCUCGUGAUAGCUAUGAGCAUGCUGGUGGCCUGGGUGAUCCCGGACGUACCCAAGAACAUCAGCGAACAGCUGAAAAAAGAGAAGACUCUCCUGGUGGACGUUUUUCUAAAUGAGGAAAAGGAGAAGCUUCAGCUCAUCCAGAGCCUGUUCUCCAAAGACCUGACCCAAGAACAGCAGGAGGAGCUGCAGAUCUCAGAUCAAACCUCUCUGCCUCUCCAACAAACCCAGACCAGACCGGUCCCGCCUGCCCAUGCUCCAGCCUCCACAGCUCCUCGAAGCCGUCCCAGAGCGGCGAGCUUCAGCCAGUUUACUCGCCAGAUGUCCAUGUCACCCCGCAGUGACAUCACCCAUCACACGGCUGUGUGAGCGCAGUCCGUUGAGCGGAUUUGACGGCGGGGCAUCUUUUAGAAUACCUGAAAGCCGGAUUCGGUAGAUUUCUGGUGGGAGGGACUUUUGAAGCUCUGAGUUUUGGGAAUAUAAUGUCCUCUCUCUUCUGGUUUUUCACAGAGCAUCAGGGGUUUGUCUACUUUUGGUGACCAAACUUGUUUGAAUGUUUGUCCAUAGGCACCUUGUAUGUUUUUUUCCUUCAGAUGUUUCUAGGGUUUUCAGGGUCUUCUGACACACAAACGUUGCCACAGAGCCGAGCUUCAAUAGGACCGCUUGCUAUCAUUCUAGACGCAUACGCGUUUGAUAAGCUCCGGAUCACGGACGGGUGCUGGUCCUUGGGAAACACUGGGAAUGAUUUUGUUUUUUCCUGUUUGAGGGUUUUUGUCGACUGCUGGACACAUUCGCUGGACACCCAGACGUUGCAUAAUAUGUACAUGCUGUCCAAAUCCAAACUGCUUUGCACAUUGUCCAUAAGAUGUAGCGUAUAACAGCAAAUAAUAAUCUUUCGUUUUCUCAGGAAACAGCGUCACUGUAGGCUGUAUUUGUUUCUGUUAAUAUGACCGUCCUUGGUUUAAUAACAACUAUGAUACGUGUUAGUAAGUUAAGGUGCGAAAAGCACUUGAAGUGCGAGCUACAUGGUACUACAACGCAUUCUGUGAAAUCAAACGUGUGGCGAAAAUGUGAUGUUGCGAUGACGCCUCUUAAUGUAACACAUGAAAUGAAAUCCAAUGUACAAGCACAAAUAAGGCAAUAUUAAAUUAAACUAACAUUUGUCAAUGAAUACAUUUAUGUCAUGCCUUCUUCUAUAGGCCACAGUUGAUCACAUGUAUUUAUCAUAAAUAGCUGGUCUUUUUGUGCCAUCCUCUUAUGAAUUUGCCGUCACCUGCGUGGGAGAGAACAGGGAUGUAUGUUGUGUGCCAACAUCUGGUCAUCAAGUCAUUCUCUAUGCCUCAUAGGAUUUAAUGCACAUGCGAGGAGAAUAAAUAUUUAAUCCCAAUUAUGC